GUGUGUAAACCAAUGGACAAAAUGGCGAAAUCCCCGAAAUUUUCUGGCAACUCAUCUUCUGGCUCGUGUGAAAAUGAUGGAAAUGUAUUGGCGAAGACUGGCGGAUAAUUCAGAGAGCAGUGCAGCGCCUUGAAAGUGGUUGCGUCUUUUUUUUUUUUUUUGGAAACACAAGCGCACCUUUUUUCUUGUGUUUAGGGAUAAUGGGCCUCAAUGAAUGAAGUAAAUCUCGUGUGAUGCCGAUACGCCGAGCAGCAGCGACUCCGACCCCGGAGAAGGCCCCCUCCGCUGCAGCAGAGAAAGAGCCUGAAGCGUCCUCAGAGGAGUCGCCCUCCGCUGACGAAGAGCCGGCCGCAUCUUCAGCCACGGCAGCCGAAGGCGAGGAGGGCGAGGCCACGGUCAACACGGAGCCCACAGAGAACGGCGAGAAGGCCGACGAAGCGGCGGCUGCGGCGGAGAAGGACGGAGAAGGGACCGGGAAGAAAGAUGACAAAUGCAAGGACUGCGCGGCUGGACAGUGUGCAACACACUGCUAUGUUCUCCUACUAAGGUUGAAGGACGGCUACAAGUACGAGCGAGCCAAAGUCAAGAAGGUGAAAAGGACGAUUCCCGUGUGGGCUAGCGUCGCUGCCAGCAAAAAGCUUCCUGUCACCAACUUUGCAGGCACUCAGAACAAAGUGGAUAACAUCCUCAUCGAAGCUAUUACGUCUUGUAAUGACAAGUCUGGGGUUUCAUACCAGUCCGUCAUGAAAUAUAUUCUGAAGAAAUACCCGGGGAUGGAGCUCGACAAGAAGAAGUUUCUCAUCAAGAAAGCAAUGAAGAAACAUUUGGAGAAGGGCACCAUCAAACAGCUAAAGGGUAAAGGCCUUUCAGGAACAUUCGCCAUUGGGAAGCAGCCCACCUCGUCUAAGAAAGCUGCUCAGAAGACUGAGUCUCUGGGAGAUGCUCUUCCUCUCAUCAUCACUCGGCUCUGUGAGCCCAAAGAGGCCUCCUACAACCUGAUCAAGAAAUACCUGGAGCAGCACUUCCCCGACUUCGACAUCGAGAAAAGGCCGGACGUCCUGAAGACAGCCCUGGUGAAGGCCGUGGAGAAAGGACAACUGGAGCAAAUCACUGGGAAAGGAGCCAGAGGGACUUUCCAGCUGAAGCGUACCGGUAACCAGGUCCUGCUGAAAGGCAGCACCUUGGAGGACGCCAUCACAGCCGCCAUCACAGCCAUGAACGAACCUAAAACCUGCAGCACCACCACUUUACGCAAACACCUAGUGGACGCAAACAAGGAUAUAAAGGAGUACCAGCUAGUGGCCAAUCUGAGGAGGACCCUGACAAAGUGUAAAGUACUCGGCUGGAUGGAGCAGAUCACCGGCCACGGCUUCACAGGGACCUACCAGCUCUCGUUCCCUUUCUACCCGAGCCCUACCAUCCUGUACCCAGACAAGUUCAACAAGCCUCCGCAGAAAACCACUCCGCGGAGGCGGACAGUUGAAUCUUCUGACGAGGAAGAGUCCGAAGAGGAGGAAGAGUCUGAGGAUGAAGCUCCCUCUCGGAAGAGAAAAUCUGUGAAGAGGCCUCCACCCAAGGCUCGCCGUCCUCCACCGGCAAAAAAGUCCCGGAGCCCAAGCCAGUCAAAAGCUAAAGGCAGAGGACGCGCCCUCGCAAAGAAGUCUCCGGCCAAAAAGGCGGUGUCUUCAGCCAAGAGACGGGGAAGGAAACCACCAGCCUCCAAGAAGGAAUCCACGCCGCCACCCAAAGCCACGCCUGUCAAGAGAGGAGCUCCUGCAAGAAAGCCCAAAACGCCAGCUGUUAAAAAGCUGGCCAAAAGGGGGUCCAAGCGACCGGUGUCAAGAGAGUCCUCCCCCGAGGAGGCUGUAGUCCCAAAGGAGACGACGAGGAGCGGGUCCAAGCGAUCGAAGCCUGCGGAGUCGUCUCCCGAGGAGCCUCAAGUCAAAAAGCCGCCGACCAAAAGUGGGUCCAGGCGGCCCGAGCCUGAAGAGUCCUCCCCAGAAGAGGCUGUAGUCAAAAGGGGGGCGCGGAGCAGCAAGCAGUCCCCUCGUAAGUCCAAGAGAGGGAAAUACUGAGCCCAGCUGCGCCUUCCACAAACUGGGCCGCUCUGAAUAUACAGCCGUCUGCCGCUUUCUUUCAGUGCUCUCUCUCUCUCUCUCUUUAUCAUCUCCCUUUUUAACAGGGCAGUAGUUCAUUUUUUUUUUUAUUUCUAUUGUAGAAUAAGAACGUUAUCCUACCAAGUUUUACUGUACAUUGAGAGUCUCUGAAUUUCGUUUUUAAUCAACAUGUGUAGAAAAGCUCAGUUAGUGUUGCUGUUACAACUGAUGUGUGACCAGCUGCCAGAUCGGGAGAGCAUAGCGAGAUCCGACAAACUGUAACUAGAGCCAUGUAGUGACUUCUGUUUUUAUAUCCGUUCAUAACCCACUGUUUAGGCGCUGGCACCACAUGUUCCUAAUAUCAAAUGAAGUGCGAUAUCAGUGUUG